AUGGCUUGUGGCACUUCUUCUAUGGCAGUCGAGUCAUAUCCUGAGGCAGAGGCAUUUGCCUCUGCCAUCGCGACUCCGGAUGAAGAUACUGGUCUUCUCCGUGAUCGGCGGCGCAGACAUUCGUUCCAUGCAUCUAGAAAACUUUCAUGCGACUACCAGGAUGCGGACGCAGUCUUCAUCAGAGUUGAACUCUUUCUAGCCGAACUGGAACGUCGAAUGCUGUGGAUCGAGCAGUACCGGAAAUCCCAUAUGGAGCAAGUUGAUGCCAGUUUAAAACGAGGAUAUGCCGCUUUGGAGGCCGUGAGAGACCAGUGUUCCGUCACUUCGGGAGAGUUGAUGGGCAGUGGCAAGAAGCGAGCUAAAAUUUUGGUGGAGACCCUCGAAGAUCGAUACAAUGAGGCUCUAGUGACUAAAGAGACCUUGGAACAGAAGGCGCAAGCUGGAGUGCGGCUAAUGGAGUCAUUCUUGUCGGAACUCGAGAACAGAGCCCAUGCGGUUCGCGAUCGAGGCAUUUAUGGUACCUUGGAUGACGGGUGGAAGGCUAUGGAUUCCGGGUUGGUCCACGCCCGGGAAAUCGUCGACGAGGGCAUGGAGCGUGCCCGCCGAACUCGCGAUACCCUCCGAGAGACCGUCGAAGAAGCUAUUCGGCUAGCCCAGGAGAAACGGUUGAUCAGCUACAGUGAGCUGCCUGACCCAUGGCGGGUCAAUCCACACAUCCUCAAAGGCUAUCGAUUCACCACCUCCAAGGUGGAGUGUGUAUCGUCGGUCUUCGCUUAUUCGAAUGAGAUGUUCAACAUCUGGUCCCAUGUGAUCGGCCUCGUCGUCGUCCUCGCCAUCGCCUUCUACUUUUAUCCGCUGCAUACCAACUUCCACUUGAGCUCCAAGUCCGAUAUUGCAAUCGCCGCUGUUUUCUUCUUCGCUGCGUGCAAGUGCCUAGUUUGCAGCACUAUCUGGCACACCAUGAACAGUAUCGCUUCUCAGUCAUUAAUGGAACGAUUUGCUUGUGUGGACUACACCGGAAUUUCCAUGUUGGUUGCUGCCUCUAUUGUGACUACCGAAUACACCGCUUUCUACUGUGAGCCCUUUUCUCGAUGGACAUACAUUCUGCUCACCAUGUCACUUGGCAUCGGCGGCAUCAUUCUACCAUGGCACCCGACCUUCAACCGCCACGACAUGGCUUGGGCUCGUGUGGGCUUCUUCGUGACACUCGCACUCACCGGUUUCUCGCCCAUAGCCCAGCUGUCCUACACCCGUGGUUUCGCGUGGACCAUGUAUUUCUAUGCCCCGGUCGUGAAGAGCAUCAUGGUCUACUUUGUUGGUGCCUGUAUCUAUGCCUCCAAGGUCCCCGAGCGGUGGAAGCCUGGCUUCUUCGACUACGUUGGUGGCAGCCACAACAUCUGGCACAUGGCUGUUUUGGGUGGUAUCUUUUUCCACUAUCACGCCAUGCAAGACUUGUUCGCCGGUGCCUUCCUACGAGCCCAAGGCGAGUGCCCAAAUCUGACGUCUUGA